AUGCCUGAGUGUGAAAAGCUUUCUUCGGUGCCGCUGCGUUCAAAAUCUGUUGACUUUAGCAAAUGCAAACUGCCAGCUCUUUCCAUCACUUCAGAAGUGUCCCUGGAUUUCAGCAUUGGUACUUUUCGUGUUGAGGUGAAAGAAUGGAAUGAGAAAGGAAUAGAGAGAUGGAAAUCCUAUCGGAGGCAAAAACGGGAAUGGAUUAAAUUUGCUGCUGCCUGUAGGGAAGGAGAAGAUAAUUCAAAAAGAAAUCCAAUUGCAAGAAUCCGAUCAGAUUGUGAAGAAACGCAGCCAAUUAUAUAUAAAAUAAGUGGAGUAGGCAUUGAUCAGCAUCCCGUGGGAGUAUUUGUCAUCAAUCAGAAGACUGGUGAAAUUAAUAUAACAAAAAUAGUGGAUCGAGAGGAGACUCCAAUGUUUGUGAUUCACUGUCAUGCUAUAAAUGUUAUGACUGGGAAAUCAGUAGAAACACCUCUUGAUCUUCGUGUUCGGGUUCUGGAUAUAAAUGACAAUCCACCAAUAUUUACACAACACAUGUUCUCCGGGUCAAUAAUAGAGAGCAGCAUGGAGAAUACGUUUGUAAUGAAAAUAACUGCUAUAGAUGCUGAUGAGCCAAAUAAUUUAAAUUCCAAAAUUGCUUACAAGAUUGAAAGCCAGAAUCCUGGAGGUCCGUUACUGUUUAUCUUGAACACAGAGAAUGGAGAACUUCACAUUGCAAAAGCUCUUGAUAGAGAGGAACAAAGUCAAUAUACUCUGGUUGUGAAAGCCACAGACAGGAAUGGAGGGCCAGAUGGAAUAUCAUCAGAAUGUUUAUGUCAGGUUAAAGUUCAGGAUGUGAAUGAUAAUUUUCCUACUCUUUCACAGAGCUCGUUUUCAGUAUCAAUUCUAGAAAAUUCACUGAGUCAGGAGCUGCUGAGGAUACAGGUUUUUGAUGCAGAUCAAGAAUUUACAGAUAACUGGUUUGCGGAAUUUUACUUUAUCUCUGGAAAUGAGAAUCACAACUUUGAGAUCACCGUAGACAGAACAACUAACGAAGGUAUCCUGAGUGUUGUAAAGGAAAUUGAUUAUGAACAAUUUUCAUUCAUCAACCUUAAUAUUGGUGUGCGAAAUGUCGCUCCUUUCCACUCUUCUGUGGCUUCUGUUUAUCAACCUGCUGGAACCCCAAUUGUGGUACAAAUAACUAAUGUACUUGAAGGACCAGCAUUUAGUCCAGUUUCACUGACCAUUACUGCAUCUGAGAGCUUAACAAGUGAAACUAUACUUACUUACAAGGUUGGGACAUUCCAAGCCAUUGAUCAGGAUACUGGAAGAGUUGCCACAAAUGUCCGGUAUGAGAUAGGACGUGAUCCUGCUGCCUGGUUUCAAAUCAAUCCUCAAACUGCUGUCAUCACUUUUAAGAAACCUAUUGAUCGAGAAUCAAUUUAUGUAGUCAACGGGGUAUACACAGCAGAGGUGCUUGCUGUGACUAUAGACAGACCUUACACAACAGCCACUGGUACUAUUGUGCUCACUAUUCAAGAUGUCAAUGAUAACUGUCCCGUUGUGACUGAAGAGAUCAGGAGAGUAUGUAUGGACAAUCCAACAGUGGUGAUCACAGCGAAAGAUCUGGAUGACUUUCCAUAUGGACCACCCUUUAAAUUUAGUAUACUGGCUCAGUCUCAAGGCAGCUCAUGGAAUAUCAGAAUAGUAAAUGAUACUUCUGCAGCUCUGUUCACUAGCACUAUAGAGUUCAUAAUUUAUGAGAUCCAAGUCAGAGUGAUUGACAACAGUGGCAGAAGCUGUCAAAGGCCACUGGUAGUUCCUCUGCAAGCCUGUCGUUGUGAUCAUAAUGGAAUGUGUGUCAAUAUGGCUACUAGGAGAAUCAAAGUUAUAAUUGUUGGUGGAGGAACGGCUGGUGGAGGAACUGCUGGUGGUGGAGGAACAGGUGGUGGAGGAAUGGCUGGUGGAGGAAUGGCUGGUGGAGGAACGGCUGGUGGAGGAACGGCUGGUGGAGGAAUGGCUGGUGGAGGAACAGGUGGUGGAGGAACGGGUGGUGGGGGGGGAACGGGUGGUGGAGGAAUGGCUGGUGGAGGAACGGCUGGUGGAGGAAUGGCUGGUGGAGGAAUGGCUGGUGGAGGAACAGGUGGAGGUGGAGGUACAAGUGGUGGUGGUGGUGAAUUUGGAGGUGGUACUGACACUGGUACUGGAGGUGAUGGUGGUACAGGAACAAGGGAAACCGGUGGAGAAACUUCUCUUAGUGCUGCUGCCAUUGCCCUGAUGUUUCUUGGAGGAUUAAUAUUUGUGUUGGUACCAAUUCUGAUGUCACAGAGUGAUUGUUGUGGUUAUCUUGGAUCCAGACAUGCUGGUGGAGUGGGAGCUGGAUUUGAGCCUGUGCCUGAAUGCACAGAAGGAGCCAUCCACUCCUGGGGAAUUGAAGGAGCCCAGCCUGAAGAUCGGGAUGUUUCAAAUAUCUGUUCACCAGUAACUGCUGCAAGUAAAGGGGAGUUUGCAGACUCUUCAGAAAUCUACACAACUAAAUAUGGUGAUGGAGGAAUGGUGAGUUCAGGAGUUGAAGAAACAACAGGACUUGGAGCAAUAAAAGGCUAUGGAGCUACAGCUGGUUAUGGGACAACUACAGGCUAUGGGACAACAGGACGGAAGGAGACAUUUGGAGGAAUAAAAGAAUACCGAGAAAGUGGUGUGAAUAUGGCUUUCCUAGACAGCUACUUCUCUGAGAAAGCAUUUGCCUAUGCUGAUGAAGAUGAAGGCAGACCUGCAAAUGACUGUCUCCUAAUAUAUGAUCACGAGGGUAUAGGCACUCCUGUUGGUUCCAUUGGCUGUUGCAGUUUUAUUGGGGAUGAUCUGGAUGAUUCCUAUCUGGAUACACUGGGUCCUAAGUUUAAGACCUUGGCAGAGAUCUGCUUGGGAAUAGAGAUUGAGCCCUUCCCAGAUGCCAACAUGCCUCUGCCCAAUCCUGAUAUUGAGGUAAAUCUGCCACCACCUGGAACCACGAUUGUUGUUAACACAUCUUCAUCUAUGCCUCAACCUACUGCUGUUGGUGGUACAACAGUUGUUACAGAAAAUACCUACACAACUACUUCCAAUAUACAGCCUCCAAGGCCAAUACCUGAUCCUAUGCUCCAUGGUAACGUAGUGGUGACAGAAACAUACACUUCAGGGUCAACAAUGAAACCCCCCACAAUCAGUGUUGAUCCUCUGGGUGGAUCAAAUGUUGUGGUCAGAGAAAGAGUGCUUGCUCCUGCCACAGUCACUGAUAUGCAUGGCAUGAUAGAUAUUCCCGAGCUACCAGAUGGGUCAAAUGUUGUGGUCACAGAAAGGGUAAUCGCUCCUAAUUCAAGGUUACCUGCUUCUUUGAGCAUUCCCAAUCUGGCAGAAGGGUCAAAUGUAGUUGUGACCGAAAGAGUGAUUCGACCAGCUGCUAGCUUGCAUGGCAAUAUAAGCGUCCCUUCUGACAUAUCAAAUGCACGCAAUGUGGUUGUAACAGAAAGAGUUUUGUCUGGAACAGGAGUGAGUGGUGGCACUGGGACUCUAAGUAGUGGUCCUAACCCACUGCUGGCUUCUGAUAAUCUUCUUAGUCAGGCAAUUGGAUCUGCUUCCCCUGGUACAACUCGAAGAAGGGUAACAAAAUACAGCACUAUACAAUAUUCUAAUUAGUAAAGAUCACUGGCAGCUAUAUGCUCUUGCAAAACUCCCCCCCCCCAUUUUUUAGAUUUGCUGCUAAAUAAUGUUUUUAUUAUUUAUAGACAGCAAAUCAAAAAUCAGAGAAAAAUGAUUCUUGCCUGAAACAGAAUCUCCUAAUGCUAUUUAGUUAUAAACCGAAUUAUAGGGGCACUGCCAAUGUAAGAAAACUCUGAUUAUUAUUAUUUUUUUUGGAAACAUGAUAGUGUACAUAAUGGAGGAAUCACUGACAGAGUCUUUUGUAUAUAUUUGCUGUUGAGCAAUAUUGGACCAUCAUAUCACUUCUUUGUACUUACUAACAUCAUGGUAAGGAAAAGCAACUGUGAUCAGUGAUUUAUAUGAACUGUUAAGUUCUGGAAUUCUUUACCAUAUUUUAAAGCAGUUGCAUAGAAGCUGUUCCAAAUAAUAAUUCCAUAAAUCAGGCAUAAUUUAGUUUCAUCUUAAAGCAGUUAGGCAGCACAAGCAACUAGACAAAAAAGUGCCAUCAGAAAAACAUGGCAAAUAUUAAUUCUGUAUGUCUGAAUAAGACCUUGUGUGAAUUACAAGCAAUCAAUAUAGCAGUCCUUAAGAGUGACAAUAUUUUGCUGUAACAGUAGAAAUGUACAGGAUGUUAUCAGAUUUAAGCAGCGUAUCAUGUAUUGUGAAAGUAUUUGUGAAUGGACGUGGUGCUUCAUCUAAAUUUCCAUUUCAGUCAUUACAAUCUUAUGAUCAAGUGUCUGACUACAAAGUCUUCCUAUCCAUAGAAACUACCCUAUUCAUGAAUCUGUUAGCUCUUUCAGAUGUCUUAAAUUAUGCAAACACAUUAUAUUGUUCUUGACCAGCUUUCUAUUCCACAUUAAAUCUGGACUGAAAAAAAAAUACAUAAAUAUAGCAAGCAACAACUCAUCCUUCCUUGAUUAUGCAGAGAUAAAGGUGCUAUAUAUCUUUUAAAAGGAAAUUUGAAUACCAAAAUAUUCUUCUCCCCAAAAUAAAUAAAUAAGAUCUUUAAAUGUUUAAACCGCAAAUGCUGAGCUAUUAAAAUAUAGAAAGUACAGACCUCAUUGGUCAGAAUCAAAAAGCUAUUUUAGACAUAGAAUUGACAGGAAAGUGGUAGAAAUUUGAACCUAUUCAUUUUUCAAUAGCAAAUCACAAUGCCUUAUUGCAACUCACUCUCUCUAUUGAUACACAAUUGUGAAAAUAAAAAACAUUCAAAUAAAAGACUACAGAUGAUUUUCCAUCAGUUUCUAAAUUAAUUUCACUCUAACAAAAUCCUGCUGUUUGAGAGCAAAAGCUCAUAACGAUGUUUGGCAUGAAAAAGUAACAACAUGGUUCUUUGGAACCUGACCUCCAUGUUUUAGUUAUGUACCAUAUGUAAACUAAAAGUAGCUCCAAUAUAGAGAAUACACUCUAAUGUAAAUAUAGUUGUUAAACACAGGGAAUUUUUCCCCACCAGUUUAUAGUAAUGCAUCCUCUUUACCUUUUAUGUACACCAUUAGUUUUGGUAGAGAAUUCUAUAGAAAAGUAAGGAUAUGGGUUUUCAUGUCUACUCCCAGCGUUUAAUUUCCUCCCCAAUUUAACACACGUUGACCAUCCCAAAAAUACUAAAUAAGAUGUAAAUACAAGAGCAAUUUCUAAUACAUCUAGCAACUUUAUCUAGUAUCCACCCUUGGUUUUUCUAUUGCAGAAAGCUUUACCUUCAGCUAUUUUUUCCUACAUUGAAAAACAUGACAAUGGAACCAUAGCUUUAAUUUGUUAUUCUAUCUUUUUUGGAUCUGCCCAAAGCAACUUGAAACAUUGCAAAAUAUUCAAAAAUGUGCAUAUUGAAACUGUAAUACUUUCCCCAAAUAUUCCUGGAAAUCAUGAUUUCAGAUAUGAGACAUCUUUCACUUACUUCCCCUAAUUGCUAAUUUGAUUAUUAUGCCCUGUAAUUAUUUGAUGAGAUAUUUACUAUUAUGUAAUUAUCUAAUGACACACCCAUUUUAUAUUUAUGUAGAAAUCACCCUCGUUGAUACUGUAUUUUUCCACAGUUCAAGUAUGAAAAGUUUUAUGCCUAUAGAAAAUUAACACCUAUCUUUUAAUUAAAAUCUCUAUUUGGUUCUUGAGCUCAGCAGCAUGCAUGUGACCAUGCUGGUGUUGCAAUGCUGCAACGCUGUUUAUGUUAUCUGACCCACUCCCGUGCUCCCCCUAUGAACAUUGCUGCUUGAGCAUGAUUUGGUUAUAGUAAUAUAGGCUAAAAUCAAUGUUAUUAAGCAGCCAUUUGAAUCCCUCUGUUAAAGGGAGCACCAUUUACAGUGGUACCUCUACUUACGAACGCCCCUACUUAUGAAAAUUUCGAGAUAUG